AGCCAUGUUGUUUGAGGAAGAAGAAACAUGUCAGAAACUCAGCUUGGGGAUACUGACAUCACAGGGCUCGAUGAUAAUAUCGAUGACGAUGUGAAGAAAGAUGUGACAUCAAAUAAAAGCUCAGAGUCUGUGACGUCAGAUGUAUCAACUGGACGUUCACGUGAGGGAUCUGCCAAAAAUGUUGAUACCGACACCGAUCUGGAACUGGAAGAGGAGAAGAAGUCAGAUUUUGACUUAACGGGACGUGCUUUGUAUCUAUCGGUGUGUAAGAAGUUGGGUGUUAUUCCAGUCUCCUACUUCAUGAGACAUAUGCAGGACCCGGUACUGAACAUGCGACACCACGGUCUGGGAAGUUCGGGUGCAAGGGCGCUAGCUCACCCACUUAUGAACAAUACGUCGGUUUUGACACUUGACCUGCAGGACAACUGGCUAGAAGGGGAAGGUGGGGAGUACUUAUCCGAGAUGUUAAAGGAAAACUGUUACAUCACGGAUCUGGACAUUUCCGAGAACCGCCUCGGCAGCCGGGGGGCAACGGCUAUCGCGAAUAUGCUGACGAUUAACAUUACGCUGAAGUCCAUAAACCUAGCGGGUAACCAGAUUAGUGACACCGACGCACCAGCUUUAGCUGAAGCCUUUUACGAAAAUAACAGACUGAAGAAAAUCAAUCUUAGCCACAAUUGCCUUGCUGAUGGAUGUGGAAAACUACUCGGUCAUGCUAUCGGUGAGAAUGAAACAAUAGAGGAUAUCGACCUGAGCUGGAAUUUCUUUCGGAAGUCUAGCUUGAUGGACAUUUGUGACGGUAUAGCGGGAAACUGUCGCCUACGAGAGGUGAAUCUGUCCAUGAACGGGUUUGACAAUGCGGGUGCCUUUGGAGUGGCAGAUAUCCUCAAAAAGAACAAUACAAUAACCACCCUGAACAUCAGCGGCAACAGAAUAGGUCCCAUGGGGGCCAUACUGAUUGGAAAGGCGCUCGAGGUCAAUGAUGUCCUCAUUAGAUUUAUAAUGGCCAACAACCCUAUAGGAGCGGAGGGUGCUAAGGCUGUACUCGGAGGUAUCAACAACGAAAACAGUCUCAUCACAACGCUGGAUUUAUCGGGUAUAGAGGUAGAUAAGGAUUUCCGGACUCUAGAGCAGAGCUUAGUGAGAGAAGUGACCGUACUGAGGGCGCCAGUUUUCAGCGACUACGAUAUACCCCUUAGAAAGAAGCCUGACAAGUACCUGUUCGGAACACCACUCUCUCUGGUUUCAUCCGAUAUGAUCAUGGCCUUAAUGAAGAAAUACUGUGAGGAGAACGAUGUGAAUCUGUACGAGUCUCUCCUCAAUGCCGACAAGUACAAGGAGGGCAUGCUGUCAUCAUACGACUUUAUAGAAGCCAUACAGAGUGCAGGAGUAGAACUAUCCGAAAAACAAGGUGACAAUUUGACAACUUUCUUGGAAGGUAUAGCAUGUGAGGGACUGAUUGACUACAGUCCCCUGAAGGGUAAACAGACCGCUGGUGCUGCAGCUGACACAAAUGCACAAAUGCCGGGGACUGGAUCCGCUGGAAGACCAACUCUUGUCAAGCCGCCUCGUCUCCCGUCCUCCACCAAACUCUCAAAAGGUUUGGAAGAUGGAGGACAGACAGAGACGAUCAGGAAGGCGGGUUCCCGUAUUGGGAGCGCCGUCAGUGUGGCAAGUACAUCGCGCAUGUCCGAAAAGGAUGCCGCAGGUUUAAUUACUGAUCUGACUCGUCUCAAAGCGAUCACAAAGGAUGUGCGUAUUCCUACACGAGAGUUAGCCCAUAGGAAGGCUAUUGACAUUGACCCGGAUGAUGAUUUAGAAUUUACCGAUGGUAUAUUUCAAACAGAAAUACCAUUGCCAGAUGCAGAUGGAGAGUUUGACAUCGUACAACGAUGGCAAGAAACGGAAGCGUCGGACGAGGAAUCUAAUAUAGACGAUGAUAUUGAAGAUGUGUUUGGUGAGGAUGUCAUAUCAGUGUCAUCAUUAGGAUCAAAUCCAGACGAUGAUGCAGAAAAGUACGACACGGACCUCGAGGAGGACCUCACCAAAAUGCCAGGUACAGAAAAGGAAAAGGAAGAAGACACGACACCAAAAGGCCGUUACUUACAGAUAUGUGAAGAUAUGGGUAUUCAGCCGGCCACCUACUUCAUCAAACACAUGUCGGAAACUGAACUCGUCAUGAAGUUUCACGGGCUUGGACCGAUAGGCAUGAAGGCCAUGGCCGAGUCUUUAAUGAUAAACACAAUAUUAGAAAAGAUAGACCUGGAAGGCAACUACAUACUGGGAGAGGGCACAUCGCACUUGACUAGGGUGUUAAAGGAAAACGUUUACGUAACAGAACUGGUGCUAACGGACAAUAAGAUGGGCACCGAAGGGGCCAAAGCAAUAUGUGAACUUCUCAGUGAGAACAAGACAAUUAUACACCUGAAUCUGUCAGGAAACGAUAUCGAGGACACUGCGGCUGAGUACUUCUACGAAAUGCUGACAAGAAACGCUGCCAUAAAAACGCUGCUGCUCCAACACAACAGUUUCGAAGAGAAAGGGGCAGAGUGGUUCGCCAUGGCCCUCAAUGAAAACGUGUCCCUUGAGUCUCUUGAUCUGAGUUGGUGUCAUUUCCAGACUAAAGGAUGUGUUAUGAUCGUGGAGGCCUUGAGGGAAAAUGUUGGGCUGAAAUACUUCGACAUCAGUAUGAACGGUUUUGGUCUGGAAGGUGCAAAAGCGAUGGAAGAAACCCUUAAGGAAAACAAAUACCUGAUCAAGUUAAACCUCAGUUACUGCCGCAUCCCUCUAGAGGGCACGCCACACAUCGCUGCCGGGCUACAGACCAAUGAUACGCUAGAGGAGUUGAAUAUUGGAUUCAAUCCUCUAUCAGCAGAAGGAGGGUAUGCAGUACUAGUUGGAGUUGAGAGAAAUACAACAAAAACAUUGAAGAUGCUUGAUUUCGGGAAUCUGAUGAUAAGGAAAAACUUCAAAGAAGUAUGCGACAGGCUCAGAGAGGAACGGCCUAUCAAAAUCAAGUUUGGCGGAGUGCUGAGCGACCAGCCGCGAGCUAAGAGGAAGGAAGACGAUCCCGUUGCAAAGCUGCAUAACGACCCGCUCAACAAGCUCAAGCGGUUCGUUGAGGAGGCAGGAUACAGAAUGAUCGAUCUAUUACAACAGUUCGACACUGACAAUAGCUGGUCCAUAUCGCUAGAAGAACUUCAGGAAGGUGUCAGGAAAACUGGGAUCGAUUUAUCAGACCCUGAAAUCAAUGAACUGAUGAAGCGUUUGGAUAAGGACGGAAAUGGAGAGAUUGACUUUAGUGAACUGAUUGAGGGUGACAAUGAGAAUCGUCAGGCGAGAAGAGAUGUCAAGAAGUACGUGGAGGAGAUGCAGCAGAAGGAGGAACAGAAAGAGAAGAUGGUCUCUGGGGCGGACCCCAAAUCAUACAUGCAACUGUUAGAAGACACAAAUGGAUAGUAUCGUGAACGUUUGGAAUAUUUAUUCUGUUUUCUCACGUCUCGCAGAAUCCUGACAGCAGUAAAGGCUAAUAAUGGUGUCGAUUGUACAGAUAUCUAUGGAUUGUUUGACAAGAACUUCAUACCGAGGGGACGGUGGCAUCUCUCAGGAAUAUUGGAAGAUUAUAAUAGCUCUAACUAUAAAUCUUAUUCAUAACAAGAUGAAGUGAAAAACACGGAAAGGGAAAGAUUCAAGGAGGUUGCAAUUAUUUUCGUUUCUUUGUCAUCAAGCAAGAUGCUGACUAAAAAUGAUCAUCGACAUGGAUAUGGAUCCAUAGAAUAUUAGUUGAAAUAUAUCACAAAUACUCUUUGAUAUGUUCACAACAAUGGGUACACGCGUAUGAUGCGAUAUAUUCUACAGUUCAAUGGACACUCGAUCAAAAUUAAUUUGAAUAUCGUAUUUUACUUUAAACAUGAUAUAUUCAUAGAGGUGUGUUAUCAGAAAAUUACACCGUGCCCCCUUAAUCAUCUUCACAUUAAUAUAUGUAUUGUUGUUAUAAGUAAACAUAAACAACAGCGUCAAUACACCAGGAACAAAAGAGUACUCAAAUUUACUACGAAGAGUACAACAGGAACGUGGAUAUAUCAAACAGAAAGACAAACAGAAAGACAAACACUAUAAAAGGCUACCAGCGAUGUAACAAAAGUCUUAUUUGUUCAGCGAAAAUUCCUUUGUCACGUGUUGUUUUGACGCUGUGGUAUGUUUGUUUUCUAUAAGAGGAGGCUCUGAUGUUGUUCUUGAUCAAUUCUGACAUUCUAAGCAGAGUCACUAAUGAAGAAAGAAGAGUUGGAAAACGACUGUGAAAUUACACAAACGUGAAAGAAAGUUUCAAAUAAGCCUAUAUAAGAUUUUUUAUUGCAUUCUUAGCCACAUAGCGAGGUUAGAUAUUUGGAAACAAUUCCUGGUACAGCGUUGUAAACUGAGUCUGUUAUCUGCAAAACUAUAGAUUAUUAUUAUCCGGUAGGUUAAUAUAUUUCUAAAACUAAAUUGCAUAGGUAAAAAUAGCGAAUCAUAAGGAUAUGAUAAUCUCACCCACGAGACGAUAUCGAAUUCGUGUUUUUACCGAAAGGGGAAAAGCAAUACGAUUUCAAUAUUUUAUUUCAAAUCGUGUUACUGAAGAAAAGAAGAAAAAUACGCCUCAUUUGAGUCUUGGUAUAUGAGCUUCAGAAAGGAAUCCAUUAUGUAAUGUACGAUUUCUCUCAUUUAUACUAUUACCUUGGAAUGCUGUACAAAGUAACAUUGAAUAUUUGUCAAUUUGUAUUAGUUGCCUAUCAGUAUUGGAGAACUGCAUUCCUUAAAGACAUUAGAUAUGUAAUGCUUUCUAACUUUGAAUGUGUAUAUCAUUGACUUGAUGAAUGUUUACUCGUUAAGCUAUUAGUUUUGUUUUUUUCAGUAAUCUUGUUUAUUUAUUUUAAUGUGUACUUUGUUUACUGGCUGUCAAGGAAGACAUCCGCGUUAUUUAUAUUAUGUUAAAUAGGAAACGACAUAUCUCGGUUUAUUUGUAUUGUAUACAAAAGACUCUAAGUUUCCCUAUAUUUUGAAUGGUAUAAGACAGGAUGAAUGUGUCGAAUGUGCAGAGGACGAAUGGUUCACAUGUGGUGGUUUUGUCCUACGAUCGAAGUCUGUGAUAUUGGAGCUUUGCCAAACAAAACAAAUACUAUACGAUUAAGAUAAUAAAAUAUAUACAUUUAUCU